CUGUAUCAACUUAUAAUGCAGCUGCUGGAUCUAAUCCGACCCCAUCUCUCGGGGCGCCUUUAAAAUCUCAUACAGAGUCAGACGCAUCCGGAGGAGCGUGCGAUGGAGGGAAGCAUUGCGGCAGCAGCUAAACCCGUCAUCAUCAAAGUGGCCGCCCUCUGCGGCUCGCUCCGCAAAAGUUCCUGCAAUCGUGGCCUUCUCCGCUCCGCUAUCCAGCUCUCAAGAGACUCCAUCAAAGGUAUGCAGAUUGACUACGUUGACAUUGAGCCCCUCCCUUUACUCAACACCGAUCUUGAGGUCAAUGGCACUUAUCCUCCGGUUGUCGAAGCCUUCCGGCGCAAGAUUCUUGAGGCCGACAGCAUUCUCUUCGCCUCUCCAGAAUACAAUUAUUCUGUUACCGCGCCUCUGAAGAACGCCAUUGACUGGGCAUCUAGACCUCCGAAUGUAUGGGCAGAUAAACCUGCUGCCAUUGUUAGUGCAGGAGGUGGUUUUGGGGGUGGACGAUCACAGUACCAUCUGCGGCAGAUUGGAGUUUUUCUUGACCUUCAUUUCAUCAAUAAGCCGGAACUCUUCAUAUACGAAUUCCAACCUCCCACGAAAUUUGACAGUGAUGGUAACUUGAUACAUCAGGAAUCCGUGGAAAAGCUGAGGCAGGUUCUUUUGUCUUUGCAGGCAUUUACUCUCAGACUACGAGGUAGUUCUUGAAUUUACUUGUUUAACUGUAUGGGCAUUUAUUCUGUACUGCAUUGUUUACAAUGGACUGUAGAAUGUUGUAGGUCUCUACGCGUAUUGUGUUCAAUGACAAUGAUGUUGAAAUGCAAGUGUUUUAGUUUCUU